GCGGCCCGGCCCGCCCCGGCAGCCAGCCUCGCUCGCGCCCGCGCCCGCGCCCUUUGCAAACUUCCCGGCCCGCGGAGAAGUUCCUCUUUCCGCAGCGCCGACCGGGAGGAGCCGUGCGAGCCCUCCGCCCCGACAGCCGCCGCCAGGAGGACCCGUCCCGUCUCAGCCCGUCCCGUCCGGAGCCAGCGCCGGGAGCCCCUCGGCCGGGGCGCCGCGAGGAUCACGCGGCGGGGAUGCAGCCCCUCCGGGGAGGGAGCCGACGCCGACGCCGACGCCUCCCGGGGCUGCUGUUGCUGCUGGCCGUGCUGCCCGCCUUCGCUGCAGGUUUGCGAUGUACCCAGCCUUCCGAAUCCUGCUUGAACGGAGGGAAGUGUGAGACCUAUCAAAAUGGAACAGGAGCGUGUCUAUGCUCCAGUGACUUUGUCGGCCAUCGGUGCCAGUUCCAAAAUUUGUGCCUCAGCUCCCCCUGUAAGAAUGGCGGCACCUGCCACCCCGUGGUGGACGGCAACACGGCUGAUUACGUCUGUUCCUGCCACCUGGGCUACAUCGACAAGCUGUGCCUGACCAUGGAGGAGAACGCCUGCCUGAGCAGCCCCUGCCGCAACGGAGGGAGCUGUGACCUUGUCACCCUGACCGAGUACAAAUGCAGCUGCCCUCCAGGCUGGUCAGGCAAGACGUGUCAGCAGGCGGAUCCCUGUGCCUCUAACCCAUGUGCCAACGGCGGCCAGUGCGUGCCCUUUGAGUCCAGCUAUGUGUGCAGGUGCCCGCAGGGCUUCCACGGGGCCACCUGCAAGGAAGACCUGAACGAGUGCAGCCGGACACCCCCCAUCUGCAAGAACGGCGGGACCUGCGUCAACGAGAUCGGCUCCUACCAGUGUCACUGCCGGCCGGCCUACACGGGCUCCAAUUGCGAGCACCUCUACGUGCCCUGCAACCCCUCGCAUUGCCAGAACGGGGGCACCUGCCAGCAGACGGGAGAUGUGGCCUACGAGUGCACCUGCCUUGCAGGCUUCGCGGGCCAGAACUGUGAAGAGAAUCUUGACGACUGUCCCGGAAACAGCUGCAGGAACGGAGGGACCUGUGUGGACGGGGUGAACACCUACAACUGCCAGUGCCCAUCUGAGUGGACAGGCCAGUAUUGUGCUGAAGAUGUGGAUGAGUGUCAGUUAAUCCCCAAUGCUUGCCAGAACGGCGGCACCUGCCACAACACCCACGGGGGCUACAACUGUGUCUGUGUCAACGGCUGGAUGGGCGAGGACUGCAGCGAGAACAUUGACGACUGCGCCAGUGCCGCUUGCUCCCCAGGGGCCACGUGCCAUGACCGGGUGGCCUCUUUCUAUUGCGAGUGCCCACAUGGGCGGACAGGUUUGCUGUGCCACCUGGACGACGCCUGCAUCAGCAACCCUUGCAACGAAGGUUCGAACUGCGAUACCAACCCGGUCACCGGGAGGGCCAUCUGCACCUGCCCCUCGGGGUACACGGGGCCCGCCUGCAACCUGGACGUGGACGAAUGCUUGCUGGGUGCCAACCCCUGCGAGCACGCUGGGAAAUGCCUCAACACGGAGGGCUCCUUCCAGUGUCAAUGCCAGGCGGGCUACUCGGGCCCACGCUGCGAGAUCGACGUCAACGAGUGCUCCUCCAACCCUUGCCAGAACGAUGCCACCUGCUUGGACCAAAUCGGGGUCUUCCAGUGCAUUUGCAUGCCAGGCUACGAGGGUGUGUACUGUGAAAUCAACACGGACGAGUGUGCCAGCAGCCCCUGUCUGCACAACGGGAACUGCGUGGACAAGAUCAACGAGUUUGCUUGCCUGUGCCCUGUGGGAUUUAAUGGUCACCUGUGUCAACACGACAUUGAUGAAUGUGCCAGCACACCCUGCAAAAACGGAGCCAAAUGUGUGGAUGCGCCAAACGCUUACGUGUGUGAAUGCACAGAAGGCUUUUCCGGUACCCACUGUGAGACGGACAUCAACGAAUGUGACCCUGAUCCCUGCCACUACGGCACCUGCCAGGAUGGUAUUGCCUCCUUUACCUGCCUCUGCCAGCCUGGGUACACUGGGCACCUCUGUGACGUCAACAUCAACGAGUGCCAAAGCCAGCCCUGCAAGAAUGGGGGCACCUGUCAGGACAGGAACAAUGCCUACACCUGCUCCUGCCUCAAAGGCACUACAGGACCCAACUGUGAAAUCAACCUGGACGAGUGUGCCAGCAACCCGUGUGAUUAUGGCAAAUGUGUGGACAAGAUCAACGGUUACGAAUGCGCCUGUGAGCCAGGAUACACAGGGAGGAUGUGCAGCAUCAACGUGGACGAGUGCGAAAACAGCCCUUGCCACAACGGGGGCACCUGCCGGGAUGGCAUCAACGGUUUCACCUGCCUGUGCCCGGAAGGCUUCCAUGACCCCUUGUGCCUCUCGGAAGUGAACGAAUGCAGCAGUAACCCUUGCGUCCACGGGAGAUGCCACGAUGGGCUGAACGGCUACAAGUGUGACUGCGACCCAGGCUGGAGUGGGACAAACUGUGACAUCAACAACAACGAAUGUGAGUCCAACCCUUGUGUGAACGGUGGAACCUGCAAGGACAUGACCAGUGGCUACCUUUGCACCUGUCAGGAGGGAUUCAGUGGACCCAACUGCCAGGUCAACAUCAACGAAUGUGCCUCCAAUCCUUGCCUGAACCAGGGGACGUGCAUCGAUGACGUUGCUCGCUACCAGUGCAACUGCCUCCCGCCCUACACUGGUCCCACCUGCCGAGAAGUGCUGGCGCCCUGCGCGGAGGGUCCCUGCAAGAAUGGCGGCCAAUGCAGAGAGUCGGAGGACUACGAGAGCUUCUUGUGCACCUGCCUUCCGGGAUGGCAAGGGCAAACUUGUGAGGUUGACAUCAACGAGUGUGUCAAGAGCCCCUGUCGGAAUGGUGCCACGUGCCAAAACACCAACGGGAGCUACCGCUGCGUGUGCAAAUCCGGCUUCACCGGGGAGAGCUGUGAAACUGACAUCGAUGACUGUCAACCCAAUCCCUGCCACAAUGGGGGCUCCUGUUCUGACGGCGUCACCGGCUUCGUCUGCAACUGCCUGGCGGGCUUCCAGGGCCCCAAAUGCCAGGAAGACAUUGACGAGUGCGCCAGCAACCCCUGUGAGAACGGGGCCAACUGCACCGACUGCGUGAACAGCUACACCUGCACGUGUCCGUCCGGCUUCAGCGGGAUCCACUGUGAGCACAACACACCCGACUGCACGGAGAGCUCCUGCUUCAAUGGGGCCACCUGUGUGGACGGCAUCAACACCUUCACCUGUGUCUGCCCACCUGGCCUCACCGGCAUUUAUUGUGAGCACGACAUCAAUGAGUGUGACUCCCAGCCCUGCUUGAAUGGCGGGACGUGCCAGGACAGCUACGGGACUUACAAAUGCGUCUGCCCGCAGGGCUACACCGGACUCAAUUGCCAGAAUCUGGUCCGUUGGUGCGACUCCUCUCCCUGUAAGAACGGAGGCAGGUGCUGGCAGGUCAACAAUCACUACCGCUGCGAGUGCCCGAGUGGCUGGACCGGCCUGUACUGCGACAUACCCAACGUCUCUUGUGAGGUGGCCGCCCGACGGCAAGGGCUGGACGUUAUCCGCCUGUGCAGAAACUCCGGGCUCUGUGUGGACCGGGGCAACACCCACCUGUGCCAUUGCCAGCCUGGCUACACGGGUAGCUACUGUGAAGAGCAAGUGGACGAGUGCUCCCCGAACCCUUGCCAGAACGGGGCGACCUGUACGGACUACCUGGGCGGCUAUUCGUGCGAGUGCGUGGCCGGCUACCAUGGCCGGAACUGCUCGGAGGAAAUCAAGGAGUGCCUUUCCCAUCCCUGCCAAAAUGGCGGGACCUGCAUUGACCUGCUCAACACCUACAAGUGCUCUUGUCCUCGUGGAACUCAAGGCGUCCACUGCGAGAUCAACAUUGACGACUGCAGCCCUGCCACAGACCCCCAGAGCCUGACCCCAAAGUGUUUCAACCAAGGGAAGUGCGUCGACAAGGUGGGGGGCUACAGCUGCAUCUGCCUGCCAGGCUUUGUUGGGGAGCGCUGCGAGGGGGACGUCAACGAGUGCCUCUCCAACCCCUGCGACCCGCGGGGGACCCAGAACUGCGUGCAGCGCGUCAAUGAUUACAAGUGUGAAUGCCGCCCAGGCUACACGGGACGGUGCUGCGAAACGCUGCUGAAUGGCUGCCAGACCAGACCCUGUCGGAACGGGGGAACUUGUGCCGUCGCCAGCAACACAAAACAGGGUUACAUCUGCAGGUGUCCCCCGGACUUGAACGGCGCCACUUGUGAAAACGACGUGCACAGCUGUGGGAUGCUGCGGUGCCUGAACGGCGGGACCUGCGUUUCCACCGCCCAGCAGACCAGGUGCCUGUGCGCGCCGGGUUUCACCGGUCCCGAGUGCCAGUUCCCCUCCCACAGCCCCUGCCAGUCCGCCCCCUGCUACAAUGAGGGCACCUGCCAGUUCACCCAAGAGCCGCCCCACUACCGCUGCCUCUGCCCCAUCAACUUCAACGGCCUCCACUGCCACAUCCUGGACUUUGAAUUCCCGGGGGGUCCCGGUCAGGACAUCACCCCUCCCCCGGUGGAGGAGAAGUGCGAGAUCCCGGGCUGCCCCAGCCUGGCCGGCAACAAGAUCUGCGACGCCAAGUGCAACAACCACGCCUGCGGCUGGGACGGCGGGGACUGUUCGCUCAACUUCAACGACCCCUGGAAGAACUGCACCCAGGCCCUGCAGUGCUGGAACUACUUCAACGACGGCAAGUGUGACGUCCAGUGCAACAACAGUGGCUGCCUGUACGACGGCUUUGACUGCCAGAAGGUCGAGCUGCAGUGCAACCCUCUCUACGACCAGUACUGCAAGGAUCACUUUUCUGACGGCAACUGCGAUCAGGGCUGCAACAGCGCCGAGUGCGAAUGGGAUGGCCUCGACUGUGCCAACCACGUGCCCCAGAAGCUGGCCGACGGGACCCUGGUGGUGGUGGUGCUGGUCAGCCCUGAAAUCCUGAGGAACUACUCCUUGAACUUCCUGCGGGAGCUCAGCCGGGUCCUGCACACCAACGUGGUCUUCAAGAAGGACACCAAUGGCGAGGACAUGAUCUUCCCUUAUUUUGGGAACCCAGAAGAACUAAAAAAACACCGCAUCAAGAGGUCGGCGGGCGACUGGCCAGAUGUGUCGGAAGUGGUGGUCAGCAUGAAGGCAGCCCUCCACGCGAGGAUCAGUGGGAGGCCGAAGAGAGAGCUGGACCAGGUGGAAAUCUACGGGUCCAUUGUUCACCUGGAAAUCGACAACCGCCAGUGUGUCCAGUCUUCUUCUCAGUGCUUCCAAAGUGCCACCGACGUAGCGGCGUUCCUGGGUGCCUUGGCCUCAAGCGGCAACUUGGACAUUCCCUACAAGAUCGAGGCUGUGAAAAGCGAGACGGCCGAUUCCCCCCGGAGCAGCCAGUGGUAUCCUAUGUAUGUGGUGGCCCCGUUGGUCUUCCUCCUCUUCUGCGUGGGCAUCGGCGUUUUGGCAACUCGCAAGCGGCGGAGGGAACAUGGGCAGCUGUGGUUCCCCGAAGGCUUCAAAGUGACGGAGUCCAGUAAGAAGAAACGGCGGGAGCCACUGGGGGAGGAUUCCGUGGGGCUGAAACCCUUGAAAAAUGCUUCGAACGGCACCCUGAUGGACGACAACCAGAACGAGUGGGGAGACGAGGAGACGCUCAACACCAAGAAAUUCCGACUAGAGGAACAGGUCAUGUUGCCCGAUGAUCAGACUGACCACCGGCAGUGGACGCAGCAGCACCUGGAUGCGGCCGACCUGCGCAUUUCCUCCAUGGCCCCCACCCCACCGCAGGGGGAGAUUGACGCCGACUGCAUGGACGUCAACGUUCGAGGGCCAGACGGAUUCACGCCCCUGAUGAUCGCUUCCUGCAGCGGAGGAGGCCUGGAGACCGCCAACAGCGAGGAGGAGGAGGACACCCCCGCCGUUGUUUCGGAUUUCAUCUACCAGGGGGCCAACCUGCACAGCCAGACGGAUCGCACGGGGGAGACGGCCCUUCACCUGGCGGCGCGUUACGCCCGUUCGGAUGCGGCCAAACGGCUGCUGGAAGCCAGCGCUGACGCCAACAUCCAGGACCACAUGGGCAAGACGCCGCUUCACGCAGCCGUGUCGGCAGAUGCCCAGGGCGUCUUUCAGAUCCUGAUCCGGAACAGGGCCACCGACUUGGAUGCCCGCAUGCAUGACGGCACCACGCCCCUGAUUUUGGCGGCUCGCUUGGCGGUUGAAGGCAUGCUGGAAGAUCUCAUCAGCUGUCACGCCGAUGUCAACGCCGUUGACGAUCUAGGCAAAUCUGCCCUCCACUGGGCUGCGGCUGUGAACAACGUGGAUGCCGCCCUGGCGCUGCUGAAAAACGGCGCUAACAAGGACAUGCAAAAUAACAAGGAAGAGACCCCCUUGUUCUUGGCAGCCAAAGAAGGGAGCUACGAGACGGCCAAAGUCCUCCUGGACAGCUUUGCCAACCGGGACAUCACGGAUCACAUGGACCGCCUGCCCCGGGACGCGGCCCAGGAGCGCAUGCACCACGACAUCGUGCGCCUGCUGGACGAGUACAACCUGGUGCGGAGCCCGCCCCUGCACAACGGGCCUCUGGCCACCCUCUCCCCGCCCCUCUGCUCACCCGGCGGCUACCUGGGCCACCUGAAGCCAGGCGGGCAGAGCAAGAAGGCCCGCAAGCCGAGCACAAAAGGGCUGAGCUGCAACGGGAAGGAGCCGAAGGGGCUGAAGGCCCCCCGGAAGAAGUCGCAGGAGGGCAAGGGGUGCCUGCUGGACGGCUCCGGCAUCCUCUCCCCGGUCGACUCCCUGGAGUCUCCGCACGGCUACCUCUCGGACGUGGCCUCCCCGCCUCUGAUGACCUCCCCCUUCCAGGCCUCUCCUUCCGUGCCCCUCAACCACCUGACCGGCAUGGCGGACCCCCACCUCAGCAUCAGCCAACUCAACCUGGUGGGAAAGUCGGAUCUGGGCCUGGGGGCCGGACCGAUGCAGCCCUUCGAGUCGGGGGCCUCCCGCCUGUCCCACCUGCCCGUCUCCGGCGCCAGCACCAUCCUGGGCGGGGCCUCGCUCAACUUCGCCCUCAGCGGGAGUCAGUGCGAGUGGCUGAACCGCCUGCAGAGCAGCCUGGUGCCCGGCCAGUACCACCCCCUGAGGAGCGCCCUUCCGCAGGGCACGCACCCUGCCAGCCAGGCCCUGCCCCACGGGCUGCUGGCGCCCCUGCACGGCGGCGGCCCCCCUCUGCCUCCCAUGAUGACCUACCAGACCGUCCCCGGUGGCCACCUGCCCACCCACUCCCAGCCACACCUGCUGCAACCCCAGCAGCCGCAGCAGCAGCCGCCCCCACCGCAAGCCCACAGUGGGGCCACGAACACUGCCCCCCAAGUGGGGGCCAGCUUCCUCGGGAACGAGCUGGGUCAGGUGGAGCUGCAGCAGCCAAUGAGUGGCGGCGCCCUGGCUGUCCACGCCAUCCUGCCGCAGGACACCCAGGUGCUGGCCACCUCCCUCCCCCAGGGCCUGAGCACCACCCAGUUCCUGACUCCGCCUUCCCAGCACAGCUACCCCUCCCCCAUGGACCACACACCCAGCCACCAGCUCCAGGUGCCCGACCACCCCUUCCUCACGCCUUCGCCCGAGUCGCCGGACCAGUGGUCAAGCUCCUCCCCCCAUUCCAACGUCUCUGAUUGGUCGGAAGGGAUCUCGAGCCCGCCCACCAGCGUGCAGCCCCAGGUGGGGCGCAUCCCGGAAGCUUUCAAGUAAGGGGGCAGCUGAGCAGCAUCCCGGAGGCUGCCCUGUGAGACGGGCGGACCCCGUGGUUGAACUGGAGAAAUCUUUUUCUUCCUUUUUUUUUUCUAAAAAAAAAAAAAAUAUUUUUGCAUACAUUGUAAGUGGAAAUGUCGCUGUGUUCUUCCCUCUUUUUUAGUAUUUAUUUAUGUACUUUUUCUUUUAUGUGAAAACACUGCCGUUUUAUUUAUACGUUUUGUUUAAGAAUUCCAUGGGCUGCAUUCGCUAUUCCAACAAAUAGAAAAUCUAUUAAUGGGGACUUUUUUUAAAUUGACUUUUUUUAAAAAAGAAAGAAAGAAAGAAAAAAAGAAAGAAACGUUUUUAUCAUGCUUUUGUCUAGAGAAACAGUCUUCUGUAAGAUCCGUGAUAGUAAAAUGACACAUAUUUAUUGAUCAGGGUAUUUUUCCUGAUCAUUUUAAAAACAGAAUAAAAAGGGGAGGGGCAAUUUUGUUUUUUAAAAAAUGUACCUAUGUGAGCAAAAAUAAUUUAAAUAUAAGUUGAUGGUUUAUUUUUAAAGAGCGCUUUAAAAUAUUCCCUUGGUGUUGAUGCUAUAGAUACAUAGAUAUAUCGGUUUUAAAAAUACAAGUAAAAAUUUGACUCUUGGGAAUUUCCAUUUGUAGUAAAAUAAUGAUCACCAAGAGAAAUUUAAGAAAUAAAAGUUGAAUCAACCAAGCUUUCGUCAAAAGAAAAAAGCUUGGUUGACGAAAGCUUGGUUGAUUAAACUUUUAUUUCUUAAAUUUCUCUUGGUGAUUACGUAUCAGUUUUCUACAUCAGCUUCUAGGUGUGUUCGAUUCCCUCCCAACAUUCCUAGCUAGUGUGGCGGCUGGGAAUUUGGGGGAAGUCAUCCAGUGCACACUUGGGCAGUCCAAGGAUAUUGAUAUCGGACAGGGUCUGUCAACCUUUGCAACUUUUAAGGUGCAUCAACCAAUUCCAGCUGAAUUCCGCGCAGCUUGAAGCCUGCUGGCUGGGGAACUCUUGAGAGGUGAAGUCCAAGGCAGAAAACCACUGAUAACAGGGAUCACGAAUCUUUGUAUGCAAGUUUCAGUAUUACCUAGUUUAUCCAUCGUUUUGCGUGAAAACUGAGCGCGUACCUUUAUUUAUUUUAAAUACUGCCUAUGAUCAAAAACCAGGAUCAGAGGUAUGGAGCUGCAAAGGAGUUCCAGAUGCUUCUCCUCUCCCUCCUCCCCCCCCCCAGAUGUGCCCUACUUGUUGCCAAUGUAAAAGGAACGGAAAACCUCCAGUGGGUCAGGCAUAGAGUAAGGAAGUAAUGCUCUGUGUGUGUGUUUUUUUUUUAACAAGGCGGCUGUGAUCCUAACUCACGGUUGGGCACUGUACCUAAGGCAAAGUUAACAAGAAGAGAGGUUGGGAUAACUAUGAGGAAAGGUUGAAGGUCUGUUGACCCAGCAGAAAAAAGGAGACUAAUAAUCUCCGUAGGGCCCCUGAGUGGGAGCAAGAUAGUGUUAGGCAUGUUUUGACUAGAACCCAUCAAGAGAUGGAGAUGGCAGCCAUUCAUUUCCAUGGGAAGGCGGGAUUGGAACCCUGCUCCCACUCUUUCCUGGCCUUUCCAAUGCCUGCCUGCAUCUUACCUGGCAAUGGGUGAGAGUAAUAGACCCAUAGGUUAGGAAGACCCCAGGUUAGGAAGACUAAUGGAGGUUGGGAAUGAGAAAUAAUGGAGGGGUUUCCAUGGGUGUAAAGCCUAUGGAGAUUCCCAGUCACCCAGGACAUGGUUGUCCCCAAGGUGCUUUUUCAAAACGCAACUGGACUUUGUUUUUACUUGAAAACGUUUCGCUUUUCAUCCAAGAAGCUUCUUCAGUUCAGGAACAUUAGUAGGAAUGGAUGGGUCGGGACUGAAGAAGGUCCUUGGAUGAGAAGUGAAACGUCGUCAGGGAAAAACAAAGUCCGGUUGCCUUUUUGAAAAAAGCACCUUUGGGACAUGGGUUUAAAGGGCGCCCCGUUCUCGAGACAGGCUGUCUAGAGAGAAAAUUCUCUUCGCUGACCAAAGUCCAGGGCAGAAGUUCCAGCCUUUCUGCCCGUCUCCUGGCCUCCAAAGCGCACCUGAACAUUCAUGAGCCAGGUCAGUGUCUCGAGGCAGCAACAUCCAGAAGCUUUAGGCCAGGGGUAGGCAACCUUGGCUCUUUUAUGACUGGUGGACUUCAACUGCUGGCUCAGGAAUUCUGGGAGUUGAAGUCCACGAGUCAUAAAAGAGCCAAGGUUGCCUACCCCUGCUUUAGGCCAUGCAGAUUAAUCUGUGUUGCAUCCCUCACACAGCUGGAGGUGGCUGGAGAAGAUUGCGCACCGCUUCAAAAUUGGGGUUUCCAGAGCGGAAGACGGGGAGUACUUAGCAGCUGGAAGGAGCCAGUGUAGGAACCACAGGGAUGUGGCUUUGCAAAACUUGGCCACAAGUUGACCACCGCUUGCUAGCACCAUCUUCUACCCAGCCUCUGUCCAGUUUCAGGAAGCGGAUUGCUGGGAUCCUCCUAAUUCUCACGACAGAAUUGCCACCAGUUUGUGUCCUUCGCCCAGAAAGACCCUCCCGCUUUUUAAGAAUUGGCCGCUUGUGUUUGCGAUGGUUUUAUUCGCUUUUAGAGAGAAAGGGAGAUGGGGGGGGGGGAGCCCAGCAAAGCCGGCCGAGCAGCUGAACUUGUACACAAAUAAAUAAAUAAAUAUAUAUACAGUAUGCGCCUAUGGCAAAGCUAAUGUUUUGUAAAUAUGGAGUCAGUUGUGUUUUUUGUUUUUUUUUUACAUGAAAUGAUAUGGGUGGAUUUUGUUUAAAAAAUCUGAACGGUUAAACUGAAAGAAAGCAUUGCACCGGUGAGGGGUGUUGAAAAUAUUGCUCAAAAGGAAGAAAAGGUUUAUUAGCUGGUAAGAGUGCAACCCUGUGCUUGGGUCCUUUGGAGUAAAUGCUACAAAGCAGUCCUUGAUUUAGUUAUGAGUUUAUUAGCCAUUGGAAAUUACAUUGAAAAAAAAAGUGAUUCAUAGCCUCACACUUACCAAAAAUCUCAGCGGGAGCAAAAUUCAGGCAUUUUGCAGAUGGUUGCAGGGUCCUGGGGUCAGGAAAGUCGCCCUUUGCACUUUCCCAGGAGCUUCCAGCAAGCAACGUCAAUGGGGGGAGAUGGGUUUGCUUAAUGACCACAGUGAUUCAUUUAGUGACUGUGACAAAAAAAGGGGGUAAAAUUAGAUAUAACUCAGUGAGCACAUUGCUCAGCCAUGGAAGCUGUGGUCCCAUAAGUCAAGGACUACUUUUAAAGGAACAUCCUCCGAGAUGCCCAGGUAGGACUGAUCUGUAGCUGCGUUGGCAGUGCGCUUUUGGGCAAGAUGGUACAUAUUUUCAUGAACUGUAAUCCUGAGGAAGACAUUCUUCACCUUUUGGAUGUUGAACACACUGGUGCCCUCUCUUGGGGAAUCUGAUGCUCUCCCAAGCUUCCUUUUUUCUUUUUUCUUUUUUUGCUUGGAGGACCUCUGGAGGAGAUAGGAAAGUGUUGGCACGUCUCUACAAUGAGUGAUUUUUUUAACACCCCUCUUGGUGUCAGAUCUUUUUAUGUUUUAUAAAUUAGACUGUAGUUUAUAAGUCAGAGAUGUGGGAGAUUAAAAGAAGCAAACCUGUAAUUAAAAAAAAACCAUGCAAAAUUGUAGUUUGCAAAAAUGACACCUUUUAUUUUAUUUUGUUAAAUGAUUUGCAAUAAACUAUGCCAGUGGGCAUUUUAGAA